CUGAAAUCCAAUUUGACAGUUGUGUAAAUUCCCAAAAAAGAAUUUAUAGCAAAAAGCGAGUUUCACGGAAAAGGUAGGAAAUGUUGUUGCUACGUCGGCUAACACCUCCGUUACGGACCACGAAUAUUCGCUUAUAUGCCAAGAAAUCAGUAAAAUCAAAUAAGAUGAGCAGUGUGCCAGGAAUGCCUUCUAACAAACAAGUACACCAGGAAACAAUGCGCUACAUUUAUCCUUUUCCACGUAUAAAUAUACAUUCCGAUAUUUACUUGCGUGUGAAAGCUGCCGAUGUACACGAGUAUCCAGAUGCAAAUGUACUUAUUGCUGAGUUGCAUGGUGGACAUACACGGAAUUGUCCAGUAAUUAUGAAAAUCGACGUCAGCGAAGAUGAGCGUCGAGUAAAUAUUGUAAUAAAUAAAGUUGCGGACGCUACAGAUUUCCAUUGUAACCUGGAGGUACCAAUCCGCUCUGAUCUCUAUGUGGAAACUAACGACAGUGUAAAAGUCCAAAAUAUUUUAAGCUCUGAAGUAACGGUGCGGGCACAAAAACACAUAGAAACCAAGGAGGUUCGAGCAGAUAAUGUAACACUAGAUAGCAACGGCGGGAAUAUUACAUGUAAAGGUAUGCUCUUAGGAAGAGUAACUCAAGUGGAGACCAAGGAGAUGGGGAAUAUUUCAUUCGAUAAGUUGCAGGGUGAUCACUUAAACUGUAAGACGGAUACGGGCGAUAUUUCGACGAAUUCUUGCUAUGUGGAGCAGUCAAAAUUUAUAACCAAUUCCGGUUCAUUGCAUCUAAGAAAUGUUCACAAAAAAACUGAAGUUGAAGUACUUAAGGAUGGAGAGCUAAAUAUGACUGGAGUCCAUGGUAACCUUACGGUACGUACCAAUGGUGGAAAACUAAAUUUGCAACUUUCUGAAUUGAUUGGAGAGAAUAUUGUCAAGGCGAACGAAGUUGAACAAGCCGUAAUUAAUAUAUCUGACAGGAUUGAAGAACAAUCUGGCAUUGAAGUGACAUCCCGCAUUGUAAUUUUAGAUGGCUCACUUUCGCAUUUGAAUGAUUGUAUCGACAAAAACAAUACUCUAUUCCGUAACGCAAAAAAUUCAAAUACGCAAAGUAAUUUAACUAUAAAUAGUAGUGGCGCAGUAAAACUUGGAAAAUUGUCUUGGACGGAUUCCCUACGGGAGCAACUAGGUAGAUCCCAAACAAAAUGAAUAUUAAUAGAAUAAUAUGUAUAAUGUUAUUUAAUGAUCUACUGUAGUUAAAUAGUCUGUUUUGUUUAUUGAAAUAGUAAUAUUGGCUCACAAAUCGGGUCACAGGCGCUUAAUAAGAACCUGCUAAUCUUGCUCUAAA